AUCAAAAGCCCGUUCACAGACAGAGAAUCGGACGAAGAGGAGCAGUUGGGACUUCAAGAUGUCCAGUGAGAGCAGACAAUGCCCGCCAUGAGUCAAAGUAGUCCUUGCCUGUGGACUCAGCUCCCUCAGAGCAGUCAGUCCCCAUGUGACCGCUACAAGCACACCUGCUGCAGCUAUGAUGGAAAUGUCUACAUCCUGGGAGGAAGGGACAACGGCUGUCUGAGGGACUUCUGGAAGUACAGCGUGGUGCGUAAUGAGUGGACAGAGUUGAACUGCACCAGUGAAGCUGCACCAGAAGAACUAGAAGAACAUUCUAUGGUGGCUCAUGAGGGCUUCCUCUACGUGUUUGGAGGCAUGCUGGAUUCUGCAUACACAAAGUGGAGACAUCCCCUCUGGAUAUUUGACAUUGCAAAUCAGAAAUGGGUGCAUUGCCAGGGAAAGAUGAGCUCCCCUCAGACCCAAAUGCCAACCAACAGAAAAGGACACAGUGCUGUGGUGGUUGGCUCUGCCAUGUUGGUGUAUGGGGGUUUCAUAGACAUGAAAGGAUCCUCACAGGACUUUUGGAGUUUGGAUUUUGAUACUAUGGCUUGGUCCCUGCUAAAUGGUUCUCAGCAGGGCUCAUCGGGCCCAGGUCCGAGACAUAGUCACUCAGCCAUUGCCAGCCACAGCUGCAUGUACCUGUUUGGGGGCUUGAAAGGUUUGCGGGAGCAGAGAGACUUCUGGAAGUGGAAUUCCAUCAGCCACAUGUGGAGCUCCCUCAGAAACAAGUCCGGCCCAUCCAGACUGGUGGGCCACUCAGCUGUGGCCUACAAGGACAGUAUGCUUCUUUUUGGGGGAGGUGAGAGCCAGAAUUCUCCAAAGAACUGUCUGUGGAGGUACAACUUCACCACUCAGACCUGGGUGCAGGUCGCCACACUCCCAGGCUCAAAUCCCCCAGACAAGAUUUACCACUGCUGCGCCGGGCUGGGCCCCAGCUACAACUCCAACACCAGCAGCCCCUGCUCCAGUUCAGGACUCGAACCCAGGCUGCUGGAUGGUAAACUAAGGCCCUUCAAGAACAAGUGCUUCCCUGCCCCGCUCAUGUUUCUGGGAUCAGAGGGAGCUAUAGAGCUGGAGACGUUCAGCCCAGACAAAUGCUACGGGAGCAAAACACUCAAACAGUCUUCAGAACUGGACAACAGCACAGAGGGCUUGAUGGGGAAAGAUGCAAGGCAGAUCGGAAACUGUCUGACCUUUGAAAACAAGGCUUUCAAGAAACAGUGGAGCUGCACAGAAGAGGACCUUCUGGAUGAGGAGGAUGAAGAUGUAGCCCAGCAUCUGCCUGAUCUGCUGCUGUUACUCGGGGGGAGACCUUUCACCACACACAGUCCUAUCUCCAUAUGGCAGAUGACUCUGACUGACUCCUAACAGCCUGUGGAGAACACAUUUUGUAAACGUUUUUUUUCUGUAUGAGAAAUGUGAACAAAAACAGUGUUAUAUUAUCAUUUGACCUUAAAUCUUAUAUGUUUAAAGGGAUAACUGAGGUUCUGUGAAUAAGAAAAUAACUAAUUUUAUUAUGCUGUUACUUUUUUAGUUUUAAUGUUGUGUAUGAAUUUAUAUUAUUUUCCUUUUUUCAGCACUCAAAUAUAUUACAGGAAAAUUACAUUAGGGAAACUCUAAAAUUAUGACAGGUAAAUAUAUCUAAUCAAUACUGUAACUGUGAAAAUGAUGGAUCAUGCACAUGAACAAAAUCAGGAAUACCAAUUCAAACCCCAGACCUCCCUACAACACAAUAUAGUCCCUUAUAUUAACUGUCCUGCUGUGACAGUUUGGUCUGACUUUGUACUACACUAUCAGUCUGUGACAUAAUUCAGCCCCACAGGCUGUGCACGACACAUUGCACAGUUGCCUUCACUUACUGCCGACAUGGAGCCGAUAGUAAUGCCUGUCAUACAGUCUGAAUUACACACGAUGGCGCCAGAGCUCAACGUUGUCUUAAUGCCUGAGCUAUAACUGAAGGAAUAAGUCUCAGUUAUCAGUGGUUCCCAACCUUUUCUCUGAAGAAACUCCUUUUCUAUCACUGAAUAAACUGAUGAUCCCUGAAUAUUUUAUGGAUAUUUCAUAUUAUAUUUAAUGCAUGGCAAUAACAGUACAGAACUGGUAAACUGCAAAGUGAACGCAACAACUGCAGGAAGUUUGUGUAAAACAAGUGAUUUGGAUACAUUUUGAGCAGAUUAUUCCCUGUGAAUAUUGCAUCAGAGUUGAGUUUUCCUGAUAUUCUUAGGAGUUUUUUUGGUAUGAUUCUCUGUCUGUAUCAUGUUUUUUUUUUUUUUUUUUUGAAAUAAUCAUGCACACAAAUUCAUACAAAUUCAGUGUUUUUAUGUCUCUGGUUUGUGAUAGCCGUGGCCAGAGGCAUUAUGUUUUUGGGUUGUCCAUCAGUCCAUCCGUCCCAUCCUUGUGAACACAAUAUCUCAAGAAUGCCUCUGGGGAAUUUCUUCUAAUUUAGCACAAAUAUCCACUUGAACUAACAAUGAACUCCUUAUUGGUGGUCAAGGGUGGUCAAAGGUCAAGGUCGCUGUGACCUCGCAUCCACCGCGUUCUUGUGAACGCAAUAUCUCAAGAUCACCUUGAGGGAAUUUCUUCAAAUUUGGCACAUUCACUUGGACUCUACAGUGAACUGAUUGGAUUUUGGUGGUCAAAGGUCAAGGUCAAUGUGACCUUGCAAAGUGUCUUCUUCUUGUAAAUAUGAUAUCUCAGGAAAACUCUAAGGGAAUUUCAUUAAAUAUGACACAAACGUCCACCUGGACUGAAGAAUAAAUUGAUAAGAAUUUUGUGGUUGACGGUCAAAGGUCAAGGUCACUGUGACCUCACAAAAUGUGUUUUUGGCCAUAACUUAAGAAUUCAUAUGCUAAUUAUUAAUAUCUAAUAGCAUAAAAUAAUAAAGUAAGGACAUUUUAUAUCCUAAAGGUCAAAGACAUUUCACAGACAUGGAUGUGAACUGCAAGAGAAACUCUACUGGUGAGCAGUCAUACAACCACGGGGCAGUAAUUCUAGUCUUCUUCCUGAUGUUUUGCCAUUGCUCUCUUAGCUCUUUUGUUGUUAGGCUGUUAAGCAGCUCUGCCCUUAUCUUGUGAGAUUUUUUAAAACUUUAUAUCUUGAAAAAUAAUCUAAACUUUAAAAUAAUUUCAUGUAAUUUUCUCUACAGAGAUGAAUGAAAUGCAGAGAUAUAGGCCCACUAAAUAAUUUAAAAGAAAACAAAUUCUUGCACCCCUUAAAAUCAAAAAGGCUCCGUAACCCUCUGUCAGAUUUUGGUGACCCCCAGGUUGGAACCCAAUGGUCUAAUAAUAACUAGUCAAUUUACAGAUAAUCUCUGGUUUUUAUAUGUGCUUCUGAAUAGAAAUUGGAUUCCUUUAAACUGGGAGUGUCUGCUGACACACUUGUGAUUUCAUUUCAAGUUUUUAUUUUUUCAUGAAAAAUUAUAAAUUCUUUCAUGUUGGGGAGAGCAGAGUGUCCCGAUUUACUCUCAUUUCCCACCUCCUCUUCUUUUCUGCUGCUGCUCCAAGUUCUUUUUCCUCAUUUUUCCCCUCUUGUGUUCAGCCAUUACUGCACAUAGAAUAUAACCAGACAGGGUGUGCAUUGUAGUGCACUGAGCAUGCUUGACAUGUAGUAGUGUACACAACACAACAUCAGCAGUGAAGAAGCAAAUAGGAUGCACUAGAUGUGUUGACAACAACGGAAUGUUGUUUACAUAGACAGUUUUAUUCUUGAAAUAUAAAUGGGUACAACAAUGGGUAUAUGGUAUCUUCAAAAUGAUCUUUAAAAUGAAAACAUAGUAUCAAUAUUUUGGUAUUGAUCCACCCACCUUUACACAGCAGGGCCCAGUCCCCACUCCAUGCUGGGUCCAUACAGACACUGCAGCUCCAAAGAGUAAUAACUUUGGUAGGAACCAGUGUGCUAAGUGCUACAGGCAGGGUAUUGAAGUGAGAAAGUAUUGAAAGACAGACAAACAGGUUGACAAUUGACAAUAUAAAUAAAUAACAUUUGUGUCAGCUUUAUCAUUUAAGGUUAUUACAGUAAAAAUGUAUUAUUCCAUACUUUCUGACAUCAUUUUAUGUCUAUUGUUUAUUAAAGUAAUACAGUGGCAUGCAAAAGCUUGGGCACCCCUGGUCAGUUUAUAAUGUAAUGAAGAAAUGGCAGUUAACAGGAACUGUGAAUGUCAAGUUGAGGUCUGGAAGACCAAGAAAACUUUACUAGAGAGCUGCUCGUACAAUUGCUAGAAAGGCAACUCAAAACCCCCAUUUGACUGCAAAAACACCUGCAAGAACAUGUAUCAGACUCUGGAGGGGUGGUGCACUGUACUACUGUCUAGUCAGACCAAUAUGACCUUAAUGGAAGAGUCAUCAGGAGUAAACCUUUCCUGUGUCCUGAUGGAAUUAAAAUAGAACUUUUUGGACGCAAUACAUGAAGGUAUGUUUGGAGAAAAAAGGGUGCAGAAUACCUGUCCAACUGUUUAUUAUGGAGGGGGAUUGAUCAUACUUUGGGCUUGUGUUGCAGCCAGUGGCACAGGGAACAUUUCACAGGUAGAGGGAAGAAAGGAUUAAUUAAAUUCCAGCAAAUUCUGGAAACAAACAUCCCACCAUCUGUAAAAGAAAAAAAAGCUGAAGAUGAAGAGAAGAUGGCUUCUACAACAGAACAGUGAUCCUAAUCACACCUCAAAUUCAAUGAUGGACUAGUUCAAGAGGUGCAAGCUGAAGGUUUUGCCAUGGCCCUCACAGUCCCCCGACCUAAACAUCAUUGAAAAUCUGUGGAUAGACCUCAAAAGAGCAGUGCAUGGAAGACGGCCCAAGAAUCUCACAGAGCUAGAAGCCUUCUGCAGGAAGAAUGGGUGAAAAUCCCUCAAACAUGAACUGACAGACUCUUAGCUGGUUACAAAAAGCAUUUAGAAGCUGUGAUACUUGACAAAGGGGACGUUACUAAGUACUGACCAUGCAGGGUGCCCAAACUUUUGCUUUCCACCCUUUUCCUUUUUUGUUAUUUUGAAACUUUAAAAGAAUGAAAUAAAAAAAGUAAUCUUUCUUAAAAUAUUGAAGAUAUUUGUCAUCUUUAACUUAAUGCCUUUUGGAAAUCAGUUCAUCUUCUGCUUUCCUAUUCACAGUGACUGAAAUUUUGACCAUGAGUGCCAAAACUUUUGCAUGUCACUGUAUCUACACUCAAUGUAAUAUUCAAACCCAGGAUUUAUUUAUGGCUGAAAUGUUUCACCAAAUAUUCUAGAUAUCUUUUGCAUACCAAAUACAGACUUGUCUGUACCCAAAUACAGAAGGGCAUAUUUGAAAUAUUUGGAAACGCUGUUAUCUCUGCUAGAAUUUAAAAUAAACUGCUGUGGGUUUAAACAAUGUUUUUGCUGCACAGCACAAAGUUUGCCAGACUUCUGCUUGUUAAGGGGAAAAGUUCCCCUCACAUAUUUGCAGUUUGUGACUGUAAUUCCACUGGGGGAAAAUACUAAGUCAUAAAUAACUGAGUCAUUUCUAAAUAAACUCUAACCCCACGCGCUCAUGGCUAAACAUUGUUUUUAUUGGACUUUUAUUUUCCAUCUGAUGACAUUAGGUCAUGUAAAUCUAAUCUAAGAGUCAAUGUACUCUGUGAGUGGACCUGUAGGAAAGUAAACUAAUCAGCUCUUAUGCAGCAGGCCAGGCUGCUCUAAUCCAUCACUGCUGCUGCUGCUGCUGCUGCACCUCAUUUCGUUUGGCCUAUUGACCUACAUUACUGCUCCCACUCAUGACACAAACCUGCUCCUGCAAACUACUCCUACCAGGACUUAGACAACACAUGAUGUGACUGUGGUACAUGAUGUUCACAUUAUGUAUGUGUGACCUUAUCAUGUGGUAACCAGAGGUCAGUGAUUCCCAACCUUUUUCCAGUCCUUAAAAUAUCUUCUUAUGGCCUCUUGUCUUGUGAGGUUAUGGAUCGAGUGUUAUAUGAUUUGCAACCAAUUCAAUUCACGAGUGAUUUUCCUUCUCACAUAAUUUGAUUUGAGGGCUUUUAAUAGACUGGUACUGUAACUGUUCCUGCAUUACAUUUGUAAGUAUUCUCAAGUGCUAUUGCUAUUAUUAUCAUCACAAUGACCUCUGUAUCUAUUAUGCUCGCUCGUAAUGCUAUAUUAUUACAUAACAUACAUGUACCCCUGUACAGUACAUAUAGUCCAUUUGAAUAACAGCAGCAGUUGAAUGUAACUAAGUACAUUUACUAAAGUAAAAUUUUGAGGUAGGCCUACUUGUACUUCAGUAUUUCCAUUUCAUGCUACUUCAUACUUCUACUCCAUCUCAGAGGAGAAUUUUACUUUUUAUUGCAAUACAUGUUUUUAUUUUCUUUAUACAUCUUUAUACUUGUUUUUGCGCCUAAUGGUUCACUUAUAAAAUAUAUUAACAUACUUUUUGGCUUUUCUUUGUAGUAAUCUCAUUUUGUGCUAGAUAUUACUUGUUUUAGAUCGUACAUUUUUGUUCUGUGUUGUCUGUCUGUAAUUUCUUUUUCAAGAGUGUCUUGGCCUAGACACUCUUGAAAAAGAGAUUUUUUAAUCUGCAGAGAUUUUUCUGGUUCAAUAAACGUAAAACAACAUAAAUAAAAUACACUGCUUGGUAUUUUAAUAUAUCUCAAAAUGUAUUACCCUGUACGCAGUUCUGUCAGAUUUUCUUCCAGACUGCGGAACCAUUGGUGAACAUGUCUGUAUGUUAGACAUUGAACAUUGUGGAAGGCUUUGUAUUUUUCUUGUGUGUUAUUUUUCUUUCUUAUUUGUACUCUGCUGUCUUUUUACUGUGUUUUUUUAUUGUGAUAUGG